CAGCAACUACCAGCAAGCAUCAAAGCCACGCGCGGCAGACUCUUUUGUUGCCCCAACGUCUCCUGCAGUGACAACAGCCUCCCUCUGAUAGGCCUUCGGAUGUGUUCUACCUCUCACGUGGCAAUGGCUGCGCGAUUGGCUGGCGGACCCGGCGCAAAGCUUCCGGAAGCUCGGAGCUCGGAGGUCUUGGGAUGACGAAAGAGUGGUUAUGAUUGUCUUAGCGGAUGAGGCCAGAGCUCCACCCAAGCUCCUCUCCAACGUCUCCAGCACGCUCCGCUCCUCCAUCGCCCCAAUUGACACCCUCGCACCGACCAAUUGACUAUUCAGCAUGAACUCGACACUCCUUCGCACCACCGCCGUCCGCUCGGCCCUGCGCGCCGCCGCGCCCUCGUCUGCUGCCCGCGCUGGCAUCGCCGGCACCACCUUCGUACGCGGAAAGGCUACGCUGCCCGAUCUUGCCUACGACUACGGCGCGCUCGAGCCCGCCAUCAGCGGCAAGAUCAUGGAGCUCCACCACAAGAACCACCACAACACCUACGUGACCUCGUUCAACAACUUCAGCGAGCAGAUCGCCGAGGCCAAGCAGAAGAACGACAUCGCCGCGCAGAUCGCCCUGCAGCCCCUCAUCAACUUCCACGGCGGCGGCCACAUCAACCACACCCUCUUCUGGGAGAACCUCGCGCCGACUUCCCAGGGCGGCGGCGAGCCCCCGACUGGCGCCCUCGCCGGCGCCAUCAACGACAGCUACGGCAGCCUCGACGCCUUCAAGGAGAAGUUCAACGCGGCGCUCGCGGGCAUCCAGGGUAGCGGGUGGGCCUGGCUCGUCCAGGACACACAGACGGGCAAGGUCGGCAUCAAGACGUAUGCGAACCAGGACCCGGUCGUGGGACAGUUCCGUCCCAUCCUGGGCGUGGAUGCCUGGGAGCACGCGUACUACCUGCAGUACCAGAACCGCAAGGCCGAGUACUUCAAGGCCAUCUGGGACGUCAUCAACUGGAAGGCCGCCGAGAAGCGCCUCAAGUAAGUGCCCGACGUAAUGUAGCAUAGUGUAAGCGAAAUAUCACUGCAAUUUGAUCAUCAAGCCGCGUGCUCUCGAAAUGCAAAGUCCCUUGCGGGUAUGUAUUAGCCGAUAGCAAUAGUAUCAAACUCC